UGCUGAAUUGGUAUCUAUGAAUGAAUUUGGCUAGGGUCGUUGGGAGCGUUGCUGAACCCCUCAAGACUAAGGGGCACCUCUCUUCCCUUCACUGGUUUGAUAUUGGUGUGAAUCAUACGUUUACUGUGUUGUCGCCGAGUACCCAAGAGCGUUUCCUUGGACACAGCUGGGAUUCUUGUAUCAAACGGAUUGAAACCAGAGCCACGAGCACUGGGGCUUGUUAAGGGUACUUAUCAAAGCUACCGCUGAAUAUAUCACCAACAACUCAUCGCCGGCUACCUCAUACCAGCCGCAGACAUACCAGCCGCAACAUGGCCGCGCAGCCGCAACUUAACUCUACGGGGCAAAAACCCAACCACACACAGGAUAGCCACAAUGUUGAUUUAAUAAAUUCUUCUCCUCUUGAUAAAAAAAUUCAUCCCCCAGCUGGCACUGGUAACCCACCUCAUCCAGGAUCCCACCAACAUACGUCAACAGUAGAAGAACCACCUUCUCCCACAGUUGAUGCGAAGGAUCUUGACUCGCCUUCACCCAUAAUCAAUUCCACUAAAGAUACCAAUAACAUCACCACCUACUCAAUUAAAGCAGCUCUUCGAAAACAUCAGAAGUGUAUCGACGAAAUGGACACUUCACGCGAUCGCAUGAUGGGCCAGCAGAUCGGCGACCCCUUCGCUGAUCUCUGUUCCGUCAUCCAACAAUUCUUCGUGCUCGCUUACUAUGGUAUGGGUCAACUUCUCCUCGGCAUCGGCAUCGCCUUAUGGGCGGUCCUCUCCUGGGCCCUCCCCGUUAUCGGUGCUCUCUUCUGGUUCAUCUCCACUUUCCUCUUCGUUAUCAUCAUCGUUGUCUGGUUCAAUCACAAGCGCAUCAUUUCCAAACGUCAAGCCCGUGAGCCUCGCCCUGAGGACCCCAAUUCGGCAAAAUAUGCCCUUCUUGUCUGCGGAUCUGGUGGUCACACUGGUGAGCUGAUCCGAAUGAUCAAGCGAAGCAUUUCUCCUGGAAGUUCGAAAGAUCAUCGCCGAUGGGCUAUUGCAACAGACGAUGCGAUGAGCUUCGACAAGGUUAUAGGCUUUGAGCGCGCGUUGCACAAUUAUUGCGAGGCUCGUGGAAUUGACCCUGGUACUUUCGACGUCCAGUUGUUCCGCCGAGCUCGCAGCGUCCAUCAGAGCUGGCUCACGACUCCCUUCACCUGUCUCCUUUGCAUUUUUGACGUUUUGAAGAUGCUGAUUAAAGGACCCGAGCAACGACCGACUGCAGCAUUCAAAUUCCCCGGUGUAGUCGUUACUGAUGGCCCUGGCUCUGGUGUAAUGUUUCUUCUGGCCGUUCACGUCUUGAAAGCGUUCGGGCGUAUUCCUCUUGAUCAUAUGCGAACGAUUUACGUUGAGACUUGGGCUCGAAUUAGAAACUUGAGCUACAGCGGUAUGAUUAUUCAACGCUUCAGCCUAGCCGACGUAUUUAUCGUUCAGCAUCCUAGCAUCGAUCGUACCUUCGGAAGUGACUACACCGGCAAUAUGGUUGCCAUGCCUACUCAGCCGAGAGUCCCUUUGUAGCGGACCGAGGUCAAGUUGAGGUUUAUGAAGGUGUACGAAACGGCCCGCAGUCAAGGAAUCGCCCAUACUUUUCUAUUCCGUCGCCAAAAUCAGACUUCGACAUCGG